CACAAACCAUGGCAAUGGCGUUGGUUGAUAGCGUGAAUCGUCUGCUGGCGUCCGGCAACUACCAGCCGUUGCUGUCGGUGAUCAAGGGAUUUCGAAAUGGAGCCGUGUAUGGAGCAAAAGUUAGAUUACCACACUCCUUGGUGAUGACACUGCUGUUUAAGCGUGGCAGUAUAAAGGACAUGUCUAAAGGGAUACUGGAAGCUACCUACACCCAUUCUCGUAACCUGGCACUGUUUGUGUUUGCAUACAAGUCCCUGACAAGUCUAAUGGCAGUGGCUCAGAAUAAACCUGAACAAUUCCACUCAUUUGCAGCAGCUUUCUGUGCAGGGUAUUUCAUAUUUGGGAAGUACAACAAGGUCAACGAACAGAUAAACCUGUACCUCCUGUCACGGAUCCUUUACGGACUAGCAAAGUUAGCAGUGAAGAAAGGUUACAUUCCAAAACCCAAGGGUGACACAUUUCCUUGGUUUGCAGCCAUUGUGUGGGGAAUUGUCCUAUGGCUGUUCGAGUAUGAAAGUGACACUUUGCAGCCAUCCCUCAAGUCUUCCAUGACCUACCUCUACCAUGAUAGCAACAUAUGGCAAAACUUCAAAAACUUCCUCAUUUACAAUAAGUAGGCUUUUGUAUACAUAUCAUACAGUUGUACUGUGAAAACAGUACAUAUAUAGAACUCUGUUUUCUGGUAAAAAUGAUAACUGUUAAAAUUUCAGUCUUUGAUAUGCCUUCACUCCCAAAAUCUGAGACAUAAUAAACGAAAAUUUUAACAGUGUCUCCCAACAAAAGAUCCACUCAAGGGUUGUUGACUGCAACUACCUGGUUACCUUCUUCAUUCCUACCUGUGGUCAUUGAGAGACUAUAGACUAAUCUGAUCUGGGAUUUUGAAGUCACAUGACUCAAAGAUUAUACCCUAGAUCAUGUGACUGAGUCAAACCCCCGAUUGGAGAUGUCCUAUGGCUGUUUGAGUAUUGAGAAUUGUCUCAAUUCUGAGACACUUGAUCAAAUGCAUAACUUUUUACAAAAAAAUAAAGCAAUUAUCAGUUUAAUAAUUAUGAAAAGCCAAGUGGAAAUUUGGAAAGAAUAAAAUAUCAGAUUUACUAGUUAUUGGAGAGUGAAGUGUUGGAACAUCAACAGGAUGUUAUGCUGUUUCUUAAGAUUUUUGCUUCAAAUCAUGAAAGUUAACCGACUUCAGAUUUUAUGAGAUUCUAGUAUCAGUAUGUAUACAUAAUUAUGUAAAUGUGUAAUAAAACCCCAAAGGAAUAAAUCAUUUCAGCAUACUGUGUUUCACUCUGAAGAAAUUAUUGUUGUUUUUUUUUUAAUUCAAUUAUCUUAAAAAGAAGGUGUAAUUAUUGCAUUAACUUUUAAUUUUUGUGUAUUUUUAGUUUAAUUAGACAAUCUUCUUUUUAAUACCUUUGUUUGCAAUGGGAACAAAAAUGUGUGUGUUAUAACAAGAACCUUUAUUAUACAGAUGUUUCACGAUUGUUGACAAACUAAUUAAUAUGCAGAAAUGUUAUUCUGGAGAAUUUUUACAGCUUAUUGUGUCUGUUUUACCUUUUUCAAGAAUUGUUUGAUACAAUGUAAUUUACAUAUUAUACUGAAAUAUGUUAAGUUCUUCAUUUUCAUGACAAUGUUUUUUUGUUUUUUUGCCUCCAAAUUUAGUUAACAUUACAAUACUUAAGUAUUUGAAACCUAUUUCAAU